AAUAAUUAUAUUACGACAUACACAAAGAAAUUCAAAAUGAAAUGAUUCGUACAUCAGGCAAAAUGUAAAUCUUAGUUAAAGCUAACAUUGAAUUGAAAAAUCAACUCAAUGAACCCAACUAUUCUCCCAAUCUUACAGCCAGUCGUAGCCACGUGGUUAUAUGCCCACCACUCCACCACCAUGGCGCGCUGCUGUCCUCUCUCUGGUCUCGUCUCGUCUCCUGCGUCGCUGUGUGCAUCCUCCGUCGUCUUUGAAUCUUCAAAAGCUAGGUGACGACAGGGGGUGGGUGACUGCGGCUAUUUCCAAUAAACAAAUCACAGAACGCAGACUUACUGCUGUAAUCCUAAUUUUAACAAUUGCAUUCCACUCGGAAGUCGGAUCCAGUUUCCCCUCUAUUUUAUAUUCAUUUUUGUCAACUCAUUGCCCGUUCCUUGUAGCGACCUUUCCGGAUUCUCUCUCCGUCUAAAAAACAUAUGGCUUUGAAGUGCCUUGAUAUUUACAGGCAAUACCCAUUUCGCGAAGGUUUUAGGAUAAGGAGGAAGAAGAAGGGUGGAGUGAUGGCGCCUCCGGUGAAAUUCAAGGGGAUUAGUGAGGAACUGCAGAGCAUUUUGGAUGCCAACAUGGACGAAGCGCCCGCGAGACGGCGCGCCCGCGAAGCAUUUAAGGAAAUUCAGCUGGGAAUCGACCAUUACUUGAUGAAGAUGCCAUGUGAUGAAUUGAAAAUGAAUGAGUCGUAUGAGGUGAACUCUAGAGGUUUGGGAGUUUUCUCAAAAAAUUGGCUUCCAAAGACGUCUUCUCCCAAAGCAGUGGUUUGUUUCUGUCAUGGUUAUGGAGACACUUGCACUUUUUUCUUUGAAGGAAUCGCUAGAAGAUUAGCAUCAUCUGGAUAUGGAGUUUUUGCGAUGGAUUACCCAGGGUUUGGUCUUUCUGAAGGUCUUCAUGGCUAUAUUCCAAGCUUUGACCUACUUGUUACUGAUGCUAUCGAGCAUUUCUCCAAAGUCAAAGAGAAGCCUGAAUAUCGCAGUCUUCCAAGCUUCCUAUUUGGAGAGUCUAUGGGUGGAGCAGUCGCUCUAAAGAUACACCUUAAACAGCCUAAUGUAUGGAGCGGUGCCAUUCUUGCUGCACCCAUGUGUAAAAUUGCUGAUGACAUGGUUCCACCUCGGAUACUGACACAAAUGCUAAUUGGCAUGGCUAAGUUCUUGCCAAAGGAGAAGUUAGUUCCACAAAAGGAUAUGGCUGAUGUGGCAUUCAGAGACUUGAAGAAGAAAGAACAGACAAACUAUAAUGUCAUUGCUUACAAGGAUAAACCACGCCUAAGGACUGCUGUAGAGUUACUCAGAACCACACAAGAGAUAGAACGCUGCUUGGAAGAUGUUUCGUUGCCAUUAUUGAUCUUGCAUGGUGAGGCUGAUGUUGUCACUGAUCCAUCUGUAAGCAAGGCUUUGCAUGGGAAAGCAAAAAGUGCAGACAAGAAGCUUAUGCUUUAUGAGGAUGCUUCUCAUUCUCUUCUCGAAGGUGAGCCAGAUGAGACGAUAAUUCGAGUUCUUGAAGAUAUCAUUUCUUGGCUUGAUGAGCAUAGCAUCAAAAGCAGCUGCAGCUAAUCAAUUGUACCUCACAUAAUCCUGCAACAGAAAUAAGCCUGCUUCACUGUAAAUACAAGAGGGAAAGGACAAAAAGAGGGUAAUAAAAUAUUCUUGUGCUUUACGUUGGAAUUUAAAAUUUUAUUUUUUUUAUUUCAAUCCCUUGUAUAUCUGUUACUGUGAUCAUUAGUUUAUUUAUUUGGCAAUGGAGGUUUUGGGUUGUUGGAACCUUUUUUUUGUUUGAAAUUGCAUGUAUACUCUUGGCAAGUUGAAUGGAUAUUUGGUUUCUUACAGCAAA